GUGGCCAUGGGGGAGAGCGUCUCUCCCGGCAAUCACUGGCUUUUCUUUUCCGUGUACCUGUUGGUCUUCCUCGUGGGACUCCCCCUCAACGUGAUGGCCCUGGUGGUCUUCGUGGGCAAGCUGCGCCGCCGCCCUGUGGCCGUGGACUUACUUUUGCUAAACCUGACCCUUUCGGACCUGCUCCUGCUACUGUUCCUGCCUUUUCGCAUGGUGGAGGCAGCCUGUGGCAUGAGGUGGCUCCUGCCCUUCAUCCUCUGCCCCCUCUCGGGGUUUCUUUUCUUCACUACCAUCUAUCUCACCUCCCUCUUCCUGACCGCUGUGAGCAUCGAACGUUUUCUGAGCGUGGCCUACCCACUGUGGUACAAGACCCGGCCACGGCUGGCCCAGGCUGGUCUGGUCAGCGGCAUCUGCUGGUUCCUGGCGUCGGCUCACUGUAGUGUGGUUUAUGUCACUGAGUACUGGGGAAAUGCCACCUACAGCCAGGGGACCAAUGGAACCUGCUACCUGGAAUUCCGGGAGGACCAGCUGGCUGUGCUCCUGCCUGUGCGACUAGAGAUGGCUGUGGUCCUUUUUAUGGUACCCCUGUGCAUCACGAGUUACUGCUACAGCCGUCUGGUAUGGAUUCUCAGCCGGGGAGCCAGCCGCCGGCGGCGCAAGAGGGUGAUGGGCCUUCUAGCAGCCACACUGCUCAUCUUCUUUGUCUGCUUCGGCCCCUACAAUAUGUCCCACGUGGUGGGCUAUGUCCGGGGUGAGAGUCCGACCUGGAGGAGCUACGUGCUCCUCCUCAGCACCCUUAACUCUUGCAUCGACCCUCUCGUCUUCUACUUCUCAUCCUCCAAGUUCCAAGCCGACUUUCAGCAGCUCCUGGGGAGGCUGAGCAGAGGUUGUGUGCCUUGGACUCAGGAAGUCAGCUUGGAGCUGAAGGCAAAGAAUGGAGAAGAGCUGACCAAGGAGUGUCCGAGCUAGAGAAGAGGCUGGG